AUGGAUAUACCGAAACUAGAAAACUCUCCGAUUAGAACUGAAUGGCUAGAAUCUAACAACAAAUCAGAACUUCUAAAUAAAUAUUAUAAAAACUAUGUCCAACCAGUUAAAGAAAAGGGCACCGAAAAGGAAUUUUGUGCCUCUAUUGAAGAUCCUGUACGGAAACAAAAAAUAUUUCCAGGUUAUCAAUUCAGAAAUGUGAUUGCAAAUCAACGAACAUGGAACGUAAAAUUUCCUCGCGAAAAGUUUCCUCUAGACCGUAAAAUAUACGAUCAAUUUUUAGAUUCAUUUAGCAUAGGGUCAAUCGCUGAUUUUAAUCCAGAAGAUUACGGUUUGGUAUCAUCAGAUGUGAGUACUACAAAAUCUACAGAAACUACAGAUCAUCAGUUAAAUGGUAGUGAAAGGUCACACGAGAAGAAAAAGAAGAAAAAACACAAGCAUGAUUCAGAACAUAAAGAAAAGAAACAGAAACAUAAACGGGAAAAAGAUCAUAAAAAAGAUAAAGAUGGAGAACAUAAAAAGAAGAAAAGAAAAAAG